UGCCAGACGCAGGAGAAGCAGUGGAAAUGUUGGCCAAGCCCCUGACGCUAUCUGCACCAGGGAAAGCUAUCCUCCAUGGGGAGCAUGCGGUCGUGCAUGGCAAGGCAGCUUUGGCUGUGGCCUUGAACCUGAGAACAUUCCUUCAAAUUAGACCCAGUAAUAAUGGAAAGGUUUUAAUAUGCUUACCUAAUAUUGGAACCAGUUUAAACUGGGAAACCGUCCAGCUCCGGACACUGCUAAGAGCGUUUUCAGAUGGCUUGGAUGAAUCUAAAUCCCCCAGUCCAGAACAAAUGGAUGCACUGAAAGAGUUUGCAGGAAUCACUACUGGACUUUCAACCACUGAGAGCCUUGGUACCCUUGCAUUUCUCUAUCUGUACCUGUCUAUUUCAGCUAAAUAUGGACAGAUACCAAGCGUGGAGAUAGUGGUGUGGUCUGAGCUGCCCACAGGAGCUGGGCUAGGCUCAAGUGCUGCCUAUUCUGUUUGUUUGGCAGCUGCCCUGUUGACUGCCUGUGGAGCCAUUGGCUGCCCAUUGGAGGAGGAGAAGUCCGUAGUCAGGUGGCCUGAGGAGGAGUUGGAUUUAAUUAACAGAUGGGCCUUUCGGGGAGAGCAGGUCAUCCAUGGCAAGCCUUCUGGUGUGGAUAACUCUGUAGCGACUUGGGGUGGAGUGCUCCGAUUUCAAUCAGGAAAAAUCACAUCAUUAAAGAGAGUGCCGACUCUAAGGAUCUUAUUGACCAACACAAAAGUCUCUCGGAGCACCAAGGUCCUUGUGGCAGGUGUCAAAGACAAGAUUCUUAAGUUUCCUGCUAUAAUGAACCCAGUGCUUGCCUCGAUAGAUGCAAUUUCUCAGGAGUGUGAAAAUGUUCUGGAAGCAAUGGCUGAGAGUCCAUCACAGGAGUAUUACCCUGUGCUAGAGGAGCUCUUUGAUAUAAACCAGCAUCACUUAAACGUGAUUGGAGUUGGCCAUUCCUCACUGGACAACGUGUGCCGAGUGACCGCCACACAUGGGCUGCACAGUAAGCUGACGGGCGCUGGAGGAGGUGGCUGUGCAAUCACUUUGCUAAGACCAGACACACCCCCAUUGAUGGUGGAAGCAGCCAGACAAGAUCUCAGUGCCUGUGGAUUUGAAUGCUGGGAGACCAGUAUUGGGGCACCUGGAAUAUGUCUUCAUUCGCUGUCAUCUUUGAAAGCAGAAGUUCUGCAAGUCUUUAAUUCAGUUUAAGAUGACAUGGACUCUGACUGUACCCUGCCUUCCUGCCCCUGCAAGUUCAGAGCUUCUUAACUCUUCACAGGAAUGGCCACCCGUGGUGCCGAACGCACUUCAGAGUUCAGCUUACGUUGCCAGUCUGAAAUAUUUUGCCCCCUUUUCCAUGGCUGUGGAAGUGUUGUCGUGAACUGAGACACUGACCCGAGUUCAGACCUGGUGUAACUAACGGGGCAGCUCCACUGAAGACAGUGGAAUUAUUGCUCUCACUUAUCCCAGCUGUGAGUAUGGCCCUGUGUCUCAACCUUGAAGCUGUGUCUUGAAUUUACUAAUAGUAAAUUCUACAAUGUUAAUAGUGGGCACAAGAGGGAAGGGUGUGUUAACCCUGGUGUCCUGGCCAAAUUCCGGCUUGAGUAAUUACAUUUUGCCUCCCUUCGAUGCAUAGUAGGGUAUCCCCUUCGCUUCGCCUUCACCUGCCUCUCGAGACCAGUGUGAGGCUGGAGUAGUUAAUGUGCACAGAGUACCGUGAGAGUUUCUGGUGAAAGGCACCACAGAACGCAAAGAAAUAUUGCUCCUGUAUUUCUACUAAUGCUGUUAGAGGCACUGCUGAGAUUUAAAAAAAAAAAAAAAAAGUGCUCACCUGUGUCAGUAAUUGAAUCUCCGAUAAUUAAAGCUGAAGAAAGUGAAAUUCUAAUAUACUUUGCCCCAUUUUUUUAGUUUCCUUUAGCAUAUCCCUUCUCUGUCUAGGCUGUUAUGUUAGCCUCCAUAGCCAAUUGUCUGAGCAGGCUUGCUGCUUGUAGUCUCAUGGUCUGGUUCUCACGCUAAUAACACCACAAAAUCUGCAGGAAGAUGUUUAAAGCCAAAGGCACUUUUCCUUUAUUUUAAUCUCAUUUCAGUAUUUCUAUUAAUAGUAGAUUUGUUAGAAUCCCUGGGUUUUUGUUUUUUAAACAGUCUAAUCUUUGGUCACAAAUGCAGGAUGUUAAGGACACAUUCCUUCUACAUUCCCAGGCAAAGGUUACGUCAAUGGAUUAAUGCCACUCAUCGGAGUGGGUUGCCAGAGGAGCUUGACCCAUAAAGUAAAUCAAUUUCCAAAAAUAUCUUCGCAGUUUCUUAAUUGAUGCUACCUCUAGUCAAGUGACCUACUUCUCCAGUGCAGAGUUAGUAUCUCUUCCAUUACUUGUUUGGUUAGCCUCCAGUUUUGGAAUGGGCUGUUGUCCUUCACCCCUCAACUUCCAUACCAGACACUUCUGUUAUGUAGAUGGUGUCUUAAUCAACAAAUUGACACUUGAAUGUGUUAAAUGUAGAUUGCAGCCUGCAUACUAGAAUUAGCACCAUGCUUUGCUUUUCCUCCUCCCAUUGCUUCUAUAUUGAGCCCUGGCUAGAUAAGGGCCGUGUGGAUGCCACUCACAAUUGUAGUUCAGCACUGACAAUUGGAAAAAGCUCCUUUUCCCUUAACACCCUGGUUAAGCAUUCCCAGCAGCCCGUCUGUGUGGGUAGGGCAAAUAGUCUGUUGCUUUCAACCGUUUUAGCAGGAUGGGUUAAAGAGCUGCCCAUGGCUGUGGGGAGGGACGGGUGGGACUUCACAAAUUGUUCUGCAGUGCAAAAGGUGCUGCAUUUAGCAUCUCCUCCUGUGGGUUUUCUUGCUUUUUCAAGGGUUCCAGAUGCUGUUUCACAAAACAAUCUGUUCCUUCAAUGUAGUGUGAUCUGGAUGGACCCCUAACUUGUUUUAGGGCCUCUCUACAUGGGGAAACAUACCAGCAAAAUAUUCCAGAUACGCUUCCACAUGGGGAGCCAUAAUGGUAUAACCACAGUGGCAUAAUUAUACAGAUGGAGACUAAUAAACGUCCCCAUGUAGACAAGUCCUUAGACUUCUGGGAUACCUUUUUGUGUGUAUCAGCAUUGCUGAAUGUCCUAAUAUGUAAUCAAACAUAUCUCUACCCCAAGAAAAUCUCUGUUCUCCUGGAACCGGGGUAUGUGACCUGUCCUCCUGUUAGUUGGCACAAUGACAUUGUUCACUUUUUGGUAAUUUUGACACUUAACAUCGAUGUUUAGGGUUUUUAAAGCAUUUUCUAGACUUACUUUUUUUAAAAAUUUUAUUUUCACAGUUGCAGGGGGCCAGGUAAUUAUUUGGUUAUAAUAGACGGUGAGAUUCAAAAAGUUAAAGCUGUGUAUAACUGUUAAAACACAAAUUGUCAACAUCAUGUGUUAAAAUAUACAAAGUAAAUAUCCUUAAAUUAAACUCAAAAGUUCUCAAGUAGCACUUUUCUUUCUUUGCCAUCUGUAAAUUUUGAUAAUUAUCAAUGGAAAGGUUUGUCAAUUUGUGUGUAUACAGUGAAACUGACAUUUAUUUAAACUGGUGUUUAUUGACUUUUACCAAUAAAAUCUAAUCUUUC